AUGGCCCAGGAUGUGCGCGAAGUUCGAGUCCAGCCUCCCGACUCCAGUCUACAUUCAAACGAGCCGUUGACGGAGAAACCGUCAGUCCCAGAAUGGUCUUCAACACCCUCGAAGCAUUUGCCCAGCGGACAGAACAGCGAUAACCCGCCAAUGGAGUACACGCACGCUGCAUCAACCGAUCAUUCAUCGGCAUUACCGCAAGAAUUAGGGGACGAGGUGGCGGAGAAGGCUGGACCCAGUCAAGGAUGGGGUCGCACAUUGCGGACAUUGCCGGCCUGGAUUCGUUCUUUUGAGUAUUCAGCUGAGGAGGAUAUCGAAGCCACCGCCACCUCUAGACUGCUGCCCUCGCAGCCGGGCGAUGCCGUUGUCGCGCAACAUAAUCACUCGCCAUAUUCGACCUCGCAAUCGCGUCCAUUCCAAGGGGAGAAUGCGGAAGAAGAGGCCGCGCAGCGUGAAUCGCGCUGGAAAAGUUUCUCCAAGACUAUAGCCUAUCCUCGAGAACCAGGCUUGGAGGAGCAACGUGUGACGCCAGAAUGGAUGCACGAAAACAUCGGCAACUACGCGCUACCAUGGCGAGGCCAGCUUGAGACCGACGAAAACACCGAAGAUCCGCUCAAGAAGAAGCGGCGUCGCCAAAUAUGGUUCAAGCGCUUCCACAACACCCUUCUGCAAAGCCCGAUUGUACCGCUGGUCGUUCGGUUGACGGUGUGGGCUUUUUCUCUAACGGCUUUGGCGCUUGGAAGUUCCAUUCAGCGGCUUUCGAAUGACUUUCCUCGCCCUCAGGGGCCCUCGGCCUUGAUGGCAAUUAUCGUUGACGCUGUUGCUUUGAUUUACCUCGUUUACAUCACCUGGGAUGAAUAUACAGCGAAGCCAUUGGGGCUGCGCUCCCCAUCCGCUAAAGCACGACUCAUUCUUUUAGAUAUUUUCUUUAUUGUCUUCGACUCGGCCAACUUGAGUCUGGCUUUCGAGUCCCUAUCAAGUGCGGAGGGCGCAUGCACUUACGCAGAGAUCAACCAACAAUUGGUGCCCAAAAACGACAAUAUUUGCAGGCGCCAGAUUGCUCUGGCGUCUGUUCUACUGAUUGCACUCAUAGCUUGGCUUGUCACAUUUUCGAUCAGUGUCCUCAGGUAA